AUCCCUAUAUCUGAUGUAAUUGAUCCACCUGAGUUUGAAGAUUUUGUGAUACAGAAUCAAUGUUUGAUAGAACGAGAUCCUUUCCGUGAUCUAUUAUUAUUUCCUGAAGAUGAUAUUGAAGUACAUACAAUGGGUAGAGCUUGUCGUACUAUAUCUCCUGUUAUACCAGAACCUGGAGCUGAACAAGACCCACAUGUAGCUGAUUGUUUAAAGAAAUAUACAUCUGAUUACACUGUUGUUUCUAGAAAAUACCAAUCAUACAGCUCUAGUUAUUGUAAUAAAGAUAGAAUGGGCCAUAGUGAGGGUAUGAUUUAUCAAGAAUAUGAAGUAGAUGUUGAAGAUACACCUACACAGUUUGAAAGAGACAGUAAUAAAAGACAAUCUAUACAUAUGAAUGAAACACCACGAGGUAGUUGGGCUAGCAGUAUAUUUGAUUUAAAACAAUCUCAGGCUGAUUUGAUGUUACCUAAUUUAUUUGAUCGUCUAACACCUGAAACAGUUGAUAAAAAUAAUGAAAAUAAUCGACAAGAGAAAAGACAAGAUAAUAUUUUUAGUCUUUAUCCACAACAAGAGGAGGAAGAAGUAAUAGAAAGAAGAGCACCAGCUGAAGUUCCAAAAGAACAUUUUGGUCACAGAAUUCUAGUUAAAUGUUUACAACUCUCUCUUGAAAUGGAAGUGGAACCAAUAUUUGUUUCUAUGGCAUUGUAUGAUGCUAGAGAGAGGAAAAAGAUAUCUGAGACAUUUUAUUUUGAUCUGAAUUCUGAGAAUAUGAAGAGAUUAGUUAGUAAUCAUAUACCAUAUCAAGAUAUAUCUACCUUGAGUAGAGCUUGUACAUUUAGUAUUACUUAUCCUUCUCCUGAUGUCUUUCUUGUUGUUAGGUUAGAGAAAGUUUUACAACAAGGUGAUAUAAGUGAAUGUGCUGAACCCUAUAUGAAAGAAGACAAGUCAGCUAAGGAAGAGAAAUACAGAUCACAAGCUGGUCAGUUCUGUGAUAGACUAGGAUCCUACAGAAUGCCUUUUGCUUGGACAGCUAUAUAUCUGAUGAACAUAGUAACUGGUGGAGGAAGUUUAGAAAGAGAACCAUCAAGAUCUAAAGAUGAUAUGUCAACUGGUAGAAGAGGUUCUAUGGAUAGAGGAAGAAGUGGUUUUGAGAAACGUAGAAGUUGGUCACCUGAUACUUAUGGUGCUAGUUUAGAUAAUUUUAGACCAAUUACCUUGACUGUAUCUAGUUUCUUUAAACAGGAAUCAGACAAGUUAAGUGAUGAUGAUCUAUAUAAAUUUCUAGCUGAUUUAAAGAGACCUUCCUCUGUUUUAAAGAGAGUAAAAUGUAUACCAGCUACAUUAAAACUAGAUAUAUCACCAUGUCCAGAAGAAGUAAGAUAUCUUCUGACACCAGAUUUACACAGAGUAGAACCAUAUCCUGAUGAUAAAGGUCGACCUACUAAAGACAUCCUAGAAUUUCCUUCUAGAGAAAUAUUUGUACCUUCUACCACUUACAGAAAUCUGUUAUAUGUAUCACCCAAGUAUUUAAAUUUUGCCAAUCGACAAGGUUCAGCUCGUAAUUUAGCUGUUAAAGUUCAACUAAUGAGUGGAGAAGAUGAAGUUCAUGCAUUACCAGUUAUAUUUGGUAAAUCAAGUUGUCCUGAAUUUGCUAAAGAAGCUUAUACAACUGUAACCUAUCAUAAUAAAUCUCCUGAUUUCUAUGAAGAAAUCAAGAUGAAGUUACCAGGUGGAUUGAGUGAAGUUCAUCAUCUAUUAUUUACAUUCUAUCAUAUCAGUUGUCAAGUGAAGAAAAAUGAACCAACAACACCGGUCGAGGUUCCUGUUGGAUAUACUUGGCUACCAUUAAUAAGAGAUGGACAAUUAGUAGUUGGUGAUUUUACAUUACCUGUUAGUGUAGACAGACCUCCACCUAGAUAUUCUAUGUUACAUCCUGAUGUUCAACUAAAUAAUAUGAAAUGGGUUGAUAGUCAUAAAGGUGUAUUUAAUGUAUCUAUUCAAGCUGUCUCUUCAAUACAUCCUCAGGAUGAAUUUAUCUCAAGGUUUUUAAAUCUAACACACUCUGCUAAUGAACAGAAACUACCCCCUAGGUUAACUGAAACUAGUUUUGAAAAUGAAUUAAAAAGAAGUGUCAUGGAUUUAAUGAAUGCUAAAGGUGACCGUUUGGUUCAGUUUCUACAUCUGAUAUUUGAUAAGUUAUUAUAUUUAAUGGUACGACCACCAGUCAUUGGAGGCAAUUCAAUAAGUAUUGGACCAACAUGUUUUGAAGCUAUAGCACAGAUAGUAAAGAAAGUCCAUGAGUUAUUAGAAGAGAAGAAUGAUAUCAAUGGUAGAAAUAUUACACUAGCCACUUAUAUACAGUAUGGUUGUAAUAUACCUCAUCCUGGCCUGCUACAACAUGGUAUUCCGACUAUGUCAGGUUAUGCUACAUUAGGACGUCCAUCAUCAUUACCAAUAAAUAAACAAUCUUGUCUACGUAGUACCAGUAAUCCUGAUCUAGCUGGUCAAACACCUACAUCCCCUGAUGCUGAAGUUGCUGGAUUUAUAGGUACAGGUAAUUUAGAUAGAGCUGGUAGUAUGAGAGGUGAUGACACUCUAUCAAAUAAUAUUCCUAAAAUGAGAGGGAAAAAGUUAAUACAUGAAGAGUUUGCUCUACAGUGGGUUGUAUCAAGUGGUACAACUAGAGAUUUAGCUCUCAAUAAUGCCUGGUUCUUUCUAGAACUAAUGGCAAAGGCUAUGGCUGAACAUCUGAGUCAUGUAGAUAAACUCGAGGCACCAAGACAGAUGAGAUUUCCUGAUCAUUUUAUAGAUGAUAUACAAGCAUUAGUCUCUAUGUUAAUAAGAGAUAUAGUUGAUAGACAUAUAAAGGAACCACCAUUGAUUAAAAGUUUAAAUACCAGUCUAGCUUUCUUUCUACAUGAUCUAUUAUCACUGAUGGAUAGAGGUUUUGUUUAUCAGUUGAUUAGUCAAAAAAACGUUACUUUUCAGACUCUACAUAAGAUGAAUCUACUACAAGACUCUACUGGUCUAAUGUUAUUACGUCUAGAUUUUAUAAGAAUAGUGUGUAGUCAUGAGCAUUAUUUUCCUCUAAAUCUACCGUUCGCUACACCUACUACUCCAUCAUCGGGUCCUUGUAGUCCUACACCAAGUACCGGUAGUAUAACAUCUCAUAGUUCUUAUACAUCAACUAGUACAUUGACUGAUAAAGGAAUAUUCUAUCAACUAACUAUCGAGUUUAGACAACAACAUUAUCUAUGUGGUUUAGUUUUGUCUGAUUUGUCUGCAGCUCUUGACACAUAUAACCCAGUCAUCCAUCAUAGAGCUAUUAAUGUUCUACGUAACUUACUCCAUAACCAUGAUUUAGACAUACGAUAUACAGAUCCUGAAAUAAAGGGAAGACUAGCAGCUAUGUAUUUACCAGUAAUAGGUAUUGUUAUCGAGGCAUUACCACAACUAUAUGAUCCUUAUCUAGAAGAACGUAAUAGACACUCUAUACACUUUGAUGAAGAAGGAAAUCGUAUUAAUCAAAAGGUUGCCAUGGCUAUUGCUAGUUCUGCUGUUUAUAAGCCACAAGAGACUCCUUUUGAUCCAUCAGAGACAUCUUCACGUAAAGCAGGGUUAAAUGCUGAAGCUACACGUAAUCUAUUAGUUUGUUUUAUGUGGGUGUUAAAGAAUUGCGAUCAUAAAGCAUUAAGACAAUGGUGGUCUACCUUACCUAUGAAUAAAUUAGCCAGUUUACUAGAUGUUGUACAUUUUAUAAUAUCUAACUUUGAAUAUAAGGGUAAGAAAGCUAUGAAUCAAUGUUCUCAACAAACCUUAAAGAAAUCAACUGAUAUGAAAUCAAAGUUAGAAGAAGCUAUAUUAGGAACUGGUAAUGCUAGAACAGAGAUGAUGUUACGCAGACGUCAAAACUCUGUUACUUCUGGUGACAGAACUCCACCAUUAGUAUCUAGUGAAGGUAAUAAUGGUAGUGGUGGUAGUGGUAGAUUAAGAUGGAGAAAAGAUCAAGUACAAUGGAGACAUUCAAUGGAAGUUCAUGAAAGUCCUAAACCAAGAGAUGUAGAAAUUGAUAGUCAUGUUGAAGGAAGUUUAGCAGCAGAAGUCAGUAUGAUAUCAUUAGAUUUAAUAGAAUUAGUUAUACAGAUUGCCCAGACGUCAGAUUUAAUGCAGCCAUUAUUAAGCAGUGCUUUAAGAGUGUUAUUACAUAUGUUUGCUUUAAAUCAAAGCACCUUGGUGUUACAGAACAUGUUUUCUACUCAAAGAGCUUUAGUAACAAGGUUUUUGGAUCUGUUAUUUGAAGAAGAAACAGAACAAUGUGCUGAUUUAUGUUUAAGAUUAUUAAGACAUUGUAGUUCAUCUGUUAGUAAUACCAGAUCACAAGCUAGUGCUUCACUUUAUCUUCUUAUGAGACAGAACUUCGAACUGGGAAAUAAUUUUGCUAGAGUCAAGAUGCAAGUUACAAUGUCAUUAAGUUCAUUAGUUGGUCAGAAUCAGAAUUUUAAUGAGGAAUAUUUACGUAAAUCAUUAAAGACUAUAUUAACUUAUGCUGAAGCUGAUAUAGAACUACAGGAGACCAGUUUCCCAGAACAGGUUCGAGAUCUGGUAUUCAAUCUACAUAUGAUCCUAUCUGAUACUGUUAAAAUGAAAGAGUUUCAAGAAGAUCCUGAGAUGUUACUAGACUUGAUGUAUCGUAUAGCUAAAGGUUACCAAACAUCACCUGAUCUACGGUUAACUUGGUUACAAAAUAUGGCUGGUAAACAUAGUGAGAGAGGUAAUCAUGCUGAAGCUGCUCAAUGUUUAGUUCAUGCUGCUGGUCUUGUAGCUGAAUAUUUAAAUAUGUUAGAAGAUAGACCAUAUUUACCUGUUGGAUGUGUCACUUUCCAGCAUGUUACACCUAAUGUAUUAGAAGAAAGUGCUGUAUCUGAUGAUGUGGUCUCACCAGAUGAAGAAGGUAUUUGUACUGGAAAAUAUUUUACAGAGAACGGUUUAGUUGGUUUACUAGAACAAGCUGCUGGUUCAUUUACAAUGGGUGGAAUGUAUGAACUUGUCAAUGAAGUAUAUAAGAUAUUGCUACCAAUUCAUGAAGCUAAUAGAGACUUUAAAAAACUGGCCCAUAUUCACCAGAAAUUACAAGAGGCAUUUACAAAUAUAACUAGACAGAAAGGAAAGCGUAUGUUUGGUACCUAUUUUCGUGUAGGUUUUUAUGGUAGUAAAUUUGGAGAUUUAGAUGGGGAAGAAUAUAUCUAUAAAGAACCAGCUAUAACUAAACUACCAGAAAUAGCUCACAGAUUAGUGGGUUUCUAUGGAGAUAGAUUUGGUGAAGAUGUUGUACAUGUAUUAAAAGAUUCUAACACUGUAGAAAAGGAGAAGUUAGAUCCUGAAAAGGCAUAUAUACAGAUCACCUAUGUUGAACCUUAUUUUGAUUAUUAUGAAUAUAGAGAGAGGGUGACUUAUUUUGAGAAAAACUGUAAAUUAAAGAGAUUCAUGUAUGCCACACCAUUUACAUUGGAUGGAAGAGCCCAUGGUGAUUUAAAAGAACAAUAUAAACGUAAAACUAUUUUAACAACUGUACAUUUCUUCCCCUACGUUAAAACUAGACUAUCAGUUAUUGAAAGACAACAGAUAAUAUUGUCACCAAUAGAAGUAGCUAUUGAAGAUGUACAGAAGAAGACUAAAGAACUAAGUGUAGCUUUAAAUCAAGAUCCACCAGAUACUAAGAUAUUACAAAUGGUUCUACAGGGUUGUAUUGGAACCACUGUAAAUCAGGGACCACUAGAAGUUGCUAUGGUAUUUUUAAGUAAAGUAGCUGAAGGUAAAGAAGUACCUAGUAAACACCAUAAUAAACUUCGUCUUUGUUUUAAAGAUUUUAUGAAAAAGACAAGUGAUGCUCUACGUAAGAAUAAAGCCUUAAUUACAUCAGAACAAAAAGAAUAUCAACGUGAAUUGGAGAGAAAUUUCCAUAAUUUCACAGACAAAAUACAACCUAUGAUUUCUCCACAUAUUAAAAAAUCAAAACAUAAAAGUAAAGAAUCUCGAAGUAAAAGAGCUCAAUCCCCUGGAGCAUCUCAAUGUUAAUCUGAGGAAAUCUCAAGUUAUUAGAAAUUGAAUUCUCCAGUGUUAAGAGGUGAAAUCUCAUUAAAAAUCUUGAUAGUUAAAGAGAGGAAUGGAGCAAUCUACCCACCAAGUUCAAUACUAGUGUUUAAUAAUUUAUAUCUAGUCUAUCAUGUAUUCAUUACUUACUAUUUCAUAUAAUAUUUUAGUAUCUUGGUAACUUGAUAGCCAUUAUCAAGCCAGCUUUGGCAGAAAUGGUAUGCUAAUGAUCUAAAUGUUCAUUCAUCUUUGUCGUUAAGGACAGUCUCACUGCCAUUUAUAUUUAUUUUAUAUUUAUCUGCUUUAUGCAUUUUUAUAGCUUCCCCAUGUCAGUGCCAAUUAUAUGUUUGUGUGUGGAUUAAAUCCCCUGUUUUACUUUGUUUCAUCAAGAUAAAUUUAUUUACUCAACAAAAUUUUUGAAAAAAUGUGCCCAAGUAAUAUCUGAUUUUCUGAACCAGUUUGUGUUCCACCAGAAACAAGUUCUGAAUGACUGAGUUAUUCAAGAGAAUAAUGCAGUAGAACUCUUUUAUAGUCUGAAAUGUGGUUUUACCAAUAAAUAUGAAUUCAAACAAAUUUAAUAACUUCUACCCAGUUUCACUUUCUGUUGAUAUAUAUUUUUAUUUUGUUGAGAAUUUCUUUUUGUGCAAUAUAUUGUAAAUAUUUUUUUCUAUUUUGUGUGUUUUGGUAUAAAAAAAGAAAUUUUAAACAUUGAUCAUGUCUUUCAGACAUAAAUACCAUUUGUAUACUUACAGUAGACAGCUAGCUUAUUCAUUUCUAAUAAAAUGAUUAAAAU